AACCUGCUCUCCUCUCUUCUCACUUGUCCGCGGUCCGAACUGGUAAACCCGCGACGAGGGGCGACAACCAAAAUGCGCCACUCCAUCCAGCCAAUCGCACAGCCCCACCUACCUGAGGCACACAAGCACAGAUAAACACGGUGAACUAUACGGAGAAGAAACUGGUUGUAUUUCCUUUACAUCGGCUCGAGUAUCUACAGGAGGCAUGCGUAAUUGUAUAAUGCUCACUUAAUUUAAUAAUGUCAUGUUGUAUUUGCUAACAUAUCUUGCUCGUCAUUGCCACUACCCACUAAGAUGCAUAGUCCUUGCUGAGACUGGUAGGCACUUGUAACUUACACUAAGUUAGCGGCUUCUUUAAAUGGCCUAUUAGAGAAAGCCAUCGCAUGUCGGGUAGUUUCCGCCUUCAAGCCCGUUUCGAACCAAUUUGAGUAGUUUAUGCCAGGCAACUUUGCGCUGACCAACUACAAUCUCUCUGCCUGACUACAACCUUGAGGACGACUACGAAAUGAAGCAGACUCUUCGCAAAGGCGACUACCGCACAUUUAAUGUUUACUACAUGAGUGAUUGGCCAGGAGGCUACAGCUCCCUGCCCAUGGCUGUGACAAACGGUGACAAAAACUUCAUCGAGGAUGGCAUCGUCAUCGGCCCCCCUGCUCUCAACGGCCAAGGCAAUGAGUUCUACCAGCAUGGCAAAACAUUGACGCACGAAAGCGGACACUGGAAUGGCCUCCUCCACACAUUCCAAGGUGGUUGCGAAGGCCCUAAUGAUUACGUCGAUGAUACGCAUGCCGAGCAGGAAAAUUUGUUCGACCUCUGCUCUGCCAACAGAGACAGCUGCUCCGACCAACCUGGACUGGACCCAAUCCAUAGCUACAUGGACUACCCAAGCGACGCAUGCCGAGCCGAGUUUCCUCCUGGUCAGCUUGCGCGCUUGCUUGACCACUGGAAGACCUUCCGCCUGAACUGGAAGUAAGCACAACAGCAAUGUACCUGUUUAUUUAUUUAUUUUCAUUUCACAUCCUUUAUAUAUGGGAGAGAUUGUUGGCAAGUGUGGCGUAUGGCGAAGAUUGGAAACAGUGGUUGGCUUCCAGUAAAAAGUUUGAUGUUGGUGGUAGAGUUGUUUCCUAUUUAGGAUGUUGAUCAAUGGAGAUGAAACCUUAUAUAUAGUGUCUUCAAUAUGUCCAGCAUAUAGUCAAGAAUUAAAGGGUAUACAAUUUAUACG